AUGGUCAGUGGGGAAGCAAAGGAUGUCAUCGUUGCUGAAGCAUCAGCACACUUCAACCUCCAAAAACAAAUCAUCGUCUUUCAAGAUGGCACAGAAGUGCCAUAUACUCUCAACAAAGGGAUAAAGUAUCCAUACAAAGCAAAGGCGUCUGAGAAGCUAUACUUGCUUCACGUUAGUGAGUGAAAAAGGUAUAUGCUCCAAUAUUUACAAACAUUUUUUGGAGGACUUACGAUACUCUGAUGAUAAGAUGGAUGACUUUGCAUUCCACAUUGUCAAUUUUCGUCACAUAUCGACAUGCACCACAUAAAAAAAACCUGGUGCCAGUUUUUCCAUUAACAACAGACUAUUUCCAGUCUCAGUUUUACACUGGGAUGCAAAAGGCCGCAGAUACCGCCUUAAAUCAGGAAGGGGGACUUUAUGGUCAGUGGGGAAAGAAAGGAUGUCAUCGUUGCUGAAGCAUCAGCACACUUCAACCUCCGAAAGCAAAUCAUCGUCUUUCAAGAUGGCACGGAAGUGCCAUAUACUCGCGACAAAGGGAUAAAGUAUCCAUACAAAGCAAAGGCGUCUGAGAAGCUAUACUUGCUUCACGUUAGUGAGCGAAGAGGUAUAUGCUCCAAUAUUUACAAACAUAAUUUUUUGGAAGACUUACAAUACUUUGAUGAUAAGAUGGAUGACUUUGCAUUCCCCAUUGUCAAUUUUCGUCACAUAUCGACAUGCACCACAUAAAAAAAACCUGGUGCCAGUUUUUCAAAAGGUGGAUAGCGCUAUCCACCAGAUAAAUCUCUACUCAGUGGAUUAAGUACAAUUAGUUUUGCUAAUACUUGUCCGCUGGAUAGUGCUAUCUCAAACAUUUUACCUAAUUCGAUCAGUUCUUGCCUGUUAAAAUGUUACCUGUGACAGCCCUUCACUAUUUUACAGUGUGGUCGUUUGUGUAUUUCCUUGCAACAGUUUAGCUGGGCUAGCACGGUUUGAAUUAUUAAUAAAGAUGAGAAUCAUGCUAAUGUGAACACAGUACUAUAGGACAGCUAGAAUUUCAUACGCAUUUAGUGAAGUAAAAAACUGACAACUGACUCAAAAAAAUUGAUUUGCAGCUUGCUGUCAUUUUAACUAAGAAAUUUUGACGAAUAACAGUAAUGACUUUAGCCAUUAUCGACCGAAAUUGUUCAGUUUCUUUUAUUUUCUUCUCAUUUCAGAUCUGAAAGUCCUUCGCAGGCUAUCCUUUUCUUGAUUGAAUGGAUACUUGUCACGUUACAGACAUUCCAGAGGACCAAUGGAGUGAGAUCUUCAUAUCACAUGACAUGUGCCAUGUGGAUGCACUCAAUGUCGCACAGAAGGCUCUGCACUUUCAUCCACCUUUUGACAAUGAGUGGUUGAAAGCAAACAAGAUUAUCAAUUCAUUGCACACUGCUUUGAAUAAGUCAGAGGGUUGCAAA